UUGUUCUAAUCGUUUGCUUGUUGAUGUGUGACUAAGUUGUUUGUACUGGAUAUUGGCGUGGCUGUCCUGUUGCAGUCAAACGUCUGUAUGACCACUUGGCUGCUGCUCCACGAUACGUUCACUUCGUGCAGCAAUGGGUGUAUGUAGCGAGGCGGUUGCAUCAUCCAAACAUUGCUGCUGUUCGUGGUCUCACUCUGGAGUUAGAAGAGAAGAAGGCAUGGAUUGUAAUUGAAUUACAGAGCGGGUCCACGUCUGGUGUUAUUGAUGCAUGUCAUGGCGACGUUGCGCCUCUCACUCUACGAGAAAAAGUCGACAUGACACACGAUACUUUGUGUGGACUCGACUACAUUCAUUCUAUGCAACCCAGAGAAAUUCUCCACGGUGACAGCUGUCCAAGGAACAUUGUCGUAACAGCAACGAUGAGAGCCAAACUUGGUGAUCUAAGAGCCAUUCGAUUCCGCGAUGCCUCAAUGUCAGUCAGUCUGGUCAGUCCACAAUACACAGCACCAGAGAGACUUGACGUUCCAGCUCAACCGAAAAGCACGAAGACCGACAUGUACAGCAUGACAGUGACGAUAUGCAAGCUUUUCACCUUCGUUACUCCUGAUCGUGACCAAAGAAAAGGUCAAGUCUUACUCAUCCGUCAGAGAGACGUCCGUUCCUUGUGUAAGCACUUGAUGAGUCAUGAUCCUGCCACACCACCGACAGCAGCAGAAGCUCGGGAUGUUGUCAGUCAAAUUUGUGAGACGGACGAGUAUACAGCGUGUCCUCCUAGACGAAUGGCAAUGGGUAAGAUGUACGGAAUCAGUGAAGUUGCUCUCGUUCAGCCACAUGUGGUGAAGCCCACGUGUCUUUGAAUUUUGUAUUUUAACCUGACACUGUGUAUACAUGCUAGAGUGUGUAUCGACGUAUGAAUAGCAGCAGACUUAGUCAUGAUUGUUGGAUUUGCAUUUUGCUGGUCAGGCAACUAGCGUUUUUAAUAAAACAGCGUGACUGUCAAAUACGUGUAAGAC